CUAGUAAUCCAAACAAAUCCUAUCAACAUGAAAUUCCUCAUCGUUUUCGUUGCUCUCUUCGCCAUCGCUAUGGCUGAUGUUCAAAUCUUGCGUCGUGAUCUCGAUGUCCAACCUGAAAGUUUCAAAUUCGGAUCGGAAACUUCUGAUGGUAACAAACAUGAUGCUGAAGGUGAAUUACACAAUGUUGGCUCCGAACAAGAAGAACUUGUUGUACGUGGUUCCUACUCCUUUGUUGGUGAAGAUGGCGUAACCUACACCGUCAACUAUCUUGCUGACAAGAACGGUUUCCAACCCCAAGGUGCUCAUUUGCCCGUUGCCCCUCAAGCUUAAGUUGUUUAAGUUUUUCCUCGUUUUUAUUUUGUCUGUAAAUUAUGGAUUUGUUAAACCUAUUUAAAUAAAAAAAUUAAUAAUA